CAGAAACUACGCCACCGAAAAGCAAAAUUACUCUAACUGAGGCUCAGAAAUAUGACUUAUGCAUUUAUGCCCGCGACCAUAAACUAAAGAGCCGAACUGAAUACGUAGAUUGGAUUGAACAAAAAUGGGGU